CACAGCGGUCGGAAACACGGAAAGGCCAUUAAACCGACCACCUUCUUCAGUCGAAAGUCGGAGCUGCUAGAGAACGGACAGGAAAAUGACGGAUCACAGAUGGAUGCACUUUAGCAAUGGCAGUGUACCGCCAAAUGCCGUGGUGGCUGGUCACGAUUCGGAUGGGGACACCAUCUUUGUGGGUCGCGCCUUCUUCCACAACGACAUGCUGCCGGCCAAGGUGAUUCCCAACAAGGGCAAGGCCUACGUGGCGUAUGCGCGACAGGAGCACGAAUUGGAAAACUAUGAGGUACUCUCUGGCUACAACUACGAAUGGCUGCCGGCAGAGAAUGGAGAGGUGCCUCAGGGUGCCGUUAAAGUGGGAAAGAAUGUGGAUGGAGAGUAUCUCUACGCGGGCAGGGGCUAUCAUGCCGGUAGCUUGACCAUGGGUAAAGUCCAUCCCUCCCACGGAUGCCUGUACAUUCCCUACGAUUCCGAUGAGGUGAAAAUCUUCGCCUACGAGGUGCUCAGCCAGCCGGAACGUUGGAUCGACACCACGGCCACUAAUAUUCCGGAUGGUGCACUGGUUGCUGGACACGAUUCCAAUGGUGAUACCAUCUACGUGGGCAGGGUAUUCCGCAAUGGAGACCUUCUGCCCGCUAAAGUGGUGCCGGCCAAGGGCAAAGCUUAUGCCGCCUAUGCCCAGGCAGAACACGAACUGACCGAUGUCCAAGUCUUAACCGGAUCGGGUUUCCGUUGGGUCCCAGCAUCUCAUGGUAACGUGGCUCCCAAUGCUCUAUCCUCCGGUCCAAAUGUGGAUGGGGAACCCCUCUACGUUGGCAGGGCCAUCUACUGCGACAGUCUGAGUGUGGGCAAGAUCCAUCCCUCGCACGGCUGCAUUUACAUACCGUUUGGCGGCGAGGAGGUGCGUCUGGAGAACUACGAGGUUCUGGUGAGGAUCUAAAAGGGACCUUACGAAUGGGUUUAUCAGUUUUUUUUUGUAAAUUAAUUUUUUUUUGUACCCAAAGAAUAAAUUUUAUUACCAUUUUGACAUAAUUUAAUCUAGCUCUCA